ACUCUCAAAUGUUUCAAAUCCCCCCCUCUCUCUCUCACUCUCCCCCAUCACUCUCUCUGUUUCCACCGCCGAAAAUGCUCCCGCCGGAGCUCAAUCCCCGCGCUUCUUUCCGGCCGUACAUCUCAGCCUCCAUCAGUGCCCCUUCCUUCUCCUCCUCCUUCGACGGCGGCUCCUCCUCCUCCUCCUCCCUUUACUCAAACCCUAACCCUAACGAUUCCUAUACCAGCAAUGUCACCAACCGAUCUCUCAAGAACUCGCGCUUCUCGCCUACUUCAUUCGCCCACAACGGUCGUAUCGCCCUUGCUUUGGUCCCAUGCGGUGCGUUUUUGCUCGAUUUGGGUGGGACCCCGGUCGUCGCAACCCUAACCUUAGGUUUAAUGAUCUCUUACAUAAUAGAUUCACUUAACUUCAAAUCUGGUGCCUUUUUUGGCGUUUGGUCGUCGCUAAUCGCCGCUCAGAUCGCUUUCUUCUUCAGCUCGUCGCUCUUCGUGACGUUCAAUUCGAUCCCUUUGGGUAUCUUCGCUCUCUUGUUGUGCGCUCAGACUAAUUUCUUGAUCGGCACUUGGGCUUCGCUUCAGUUUAAGUGGAUUCAAAUUGAGAACCCUUCUAUUGUUCUUGCUCUCGAGAGGGUUUUGUUCGCGUGUUUGCCGUUCACUUCGUCGGUGAUUUUCACGUGGGCGACGGUUUCGGCUGUGGGUAUGAACAAUGCGGCUUAUUAUCUUAUGAUUUUUAAUUGUGUUUUUUAUUGGCUGUAUUCGAUUCCUCGUGUUUCGAGUUUUAAAUUGAAGCAAGAAGUUAAGUAUCAUGGUGGGGAGAUUCCUGACGGUAAUUUAAUACUUGGGCAGCUUGAAAGUUGUGUUCAUACGUUGAAUUUGUUGUUCUUUCCUUUGAUGUUUCACAUUGCCUCGCAUUACUCGGUUGCGUUUUCGUCGGGUGCUGCAGUUUGUGAUUUGUUUUUGCUGUUCUUUAUUCCGUUUUUGUUUCAACUGUAUGCGUCUACAAGAGGCGCUCUCUGGUGGGUUACGAAGAAUGGGAAUCAACUGCAGAGUAUUCGUGUGGCUAAUGGGGCUGUUGCUUUGGUAGUGGUGGUUAUUUGUUUGGAGAUUCGGGUGGUUUUUCUCUCAUUUGGGAAGUACAUUCAGGUUCCACCACCAUUGAAUUAUCUUCUUGUGACUGUUACCAUGCUCGGAGGGGCUGCUGGAGCUGGUGCUUAUGCACUUGGUAUGAUUUCUGAUGCAUUUAGCUCUUUGGCGUUUACUGCUUUGGCUGUAGUAGUUAGUGCUGCUGGCGCAAUUGUUGUGGGACUCCCAAUAUGGGUACGCUUCUUCCUGUAUAGAAAUGUAUUUCAAUUGAUAUGUUUUUUCUCAACUCGUGUGUACAAUCAUGACAUGUGAAUAUUAUGAUAUGCU